AUGACGUUCAUGAAUUGUAAGCCACCCAUAUUUAACGGAGAAAUUGAUCCUAUUUUGUCAUCAACAUGGAUUAUGGAGAUUGAGGGUACAUUUGAUACUAGCAAGUGUGCGGAUGAGGACAAGGUGAUUUAUGCUGAGACAAUAUUAAAAGGGGAGGUAAUACAUUGGUGGGGCAUGGUGAAGGAAGUUAGGGGGUGUGAGGUGGCCAAGAGUAUGUCAUUGGAUGAGUUUCUAAUAAUCUUUAAAGAAAUGUUUUGCCCGCGAACAACGGUUAAGCAGUUAGAGGAAGAAUUCUUGAGGUUGGAACAGGGGAACAUGACUGUGAGGGAGUACACUACUAAGUUCAUGGAGAAAUCCAGGUUUUCUGAAUUUUAUGUUUCUAUAGAAGAAAGAAGGGUGGAACGAUAUAUAUGGGGAUUGAGAACAGCUAUCUGCGAAUUUGUGCAAAUUCAAAAACCAGGUACUUUCCAGUCGGCUGUAGAUGCUGCAGAAGGUCGUAAACGUGAGAUGAAUCGUUAA